GCUCGCACUGGGUGCUUGUUUAUUGCUACUGUUUGCAAGCUAGGCUCCCCUAAAGAAAAGAGAGAGUGACAAAACUGGGACAAACAACUGGAAAUGUCAUCCUAUUUGGCUCAGGAGGUUCACCUUGCUAGAAGACAUGAAGAGAUACUGUCUCAGAGAUCAGAGCUGCUACAGCAGAUGGAGACUUAUCUAGGAGACAAAAAGACUAAAAAGACAUGGCAAACUCAAGCAGCUCAUGCAGCUCAUAAAAGGAAUGCAGCACUUUUAAAUGAUAUAGAAGCAGCAGAAAAAAAGCUGCAAGAAAGAGUGUAUUUACUUCCACAUCCCGAUACUGUUAAGUUAGAAACUCUCUAUUGGGCAUCAGUAAAAGAAUCUCUUCCCAAGUGGGAACAGUUUCUUUUAGGAAGAGCAGAAGUUCCUAUUGGUUUUAAGAAAAUGAAAACUACAAAACAGAACAUAAGCUACCCAGAAGAAGAUUCACAGAAAUAGACACUCAGUUUCAUUUUGUUUUGUAAUUUAUGGCUUAAGCAGACAAGAUCAUCCAGAUCAGGCAACAGAAUAUCAUGCCAUUAAAUUGUAAUGUAAAUCAUUUAAAUGAAAAUUAACUAUAUUGGAUAACUUGCUUCCAUUGUCACAUUGUGUACAAUUCUUUAUUUUUAUUGUGUAUUAGAGAAGCAAUCCUCAAAGGGGCUUUUAGGAUCAAAAGUGAGAAACACUGGUGUAUAGAAACCCACCAAGGCAAUGGCUUUUUCAGUAUGAGAAGAAUUUUAGGUUAUUUUUAAUCCUCUGCUUCUACAUAUAAGUGAGAUAAGUAAAGACAGAUUCAUGCAUUAUCUUUCUUCACUGCAGUCAUCUGUGCUGUAUGCCUCUUUGUGGAUGAGGGAGAAAGGAGGAAUUUACUGUUAAGAGGAAAGGCAGCCUGUUUGCAUCGGGCAGAGUAGCCUUCGUUUAGCAGCAGGAAUCUGUGUAAAAACCUUCAUGAGAGCAGCUGUAGAAGAAACACCUUGAAUUUCCGCAUCUUGUUUUCCCUGAUUUUUGUCAUUGCCACUUUCAUCACUUUUACACCUCACCCCAGUAACCACUGCUGCUUUUCCCAACCUCCUGCUGCCCACUUUGUAUUUUCUGUCUAAUGAGUGGGUAAAGACAAGAAAAAGUAAACAAAUCUCUAGGAUUUUUUGCUAGGCUGCUCUUCACGCUGUUUUCUUUCUGUUGACAUAAUCUGCAAGUGAGAACUUUUGCUUAGGCAUGGAAAGUUUGAAAGAAGCAAACUGAAAGGUAGCUGGCAGUGGCUGUCCAAGAAACAAGCAUAUAGAAAAGUUGAGGAGAUAAUAUUUUCAUUUUCAGCCAUUGAACAGCUCCUCAGCUUCCUCCUACAGAGGUGCAGUAUCAGUGAGUUUUGAUUGUACGGUGGGCUAAGUCGGUAUGAAAAUUUCACUGCUCUAGUGCCGUGCUUUUUAAAGUAUCAGUUCAGUGGAAGAUCCUUGCAGGUGUGUGACCUGGCCUGCAGAAAUUUAAUCCUUCCUAAGCAAAGGAAGCCUAGAAAAAAAAUCUUUUUUUUUUUUUUUUAAAUUAAGAACCUGGACUUGAGUCGAUAUAUUGUUAAAAUCUAAUCUCAUAUGCAACAACAUACUUCCACUCCCGACCUGGAAGUAGGAGAAAAAAAUUUUACUUCUGCCAGUGUUUGAGGAUAUGAAAAUGUAACGAUUACAAAUUUUGCUAGGCUACUAGUGAACUGAUCUAUGCAUCUCCAUGCUACAUAGAGAUACGCCCUACUAUUAAAAAAAAUUUAUAUCUCUAUGUAGCAUGAAGAAUCAUUGACACAAUAAAAUCAAAACUUCAGCUGCAAUAUAAAAUUGUUGUAUGUUUUCAACGGGAAUAUUAGGAGUUCAUUUAAAACUUUUUCUAUUGAAGUGUCCAUUAAACUGAUAAGUUUUUACAGAAACUGCCAUCUUAGAAAUAUCCUGUUGAGUGGGUGUUGGUGUUUGUAACAAUAACGUUGUUUUCAUAAUAUGUGAUGGCAGAUUAGCACGCUUCUCUGCAGUGUUGUUAACAGUUGUAAUUAAGGAAUAAACAGUAAAGGGUGUCAGUCCGAUGACAAUUUCAUCUAUAGUGUCACAAUACAAAAUGUCACAAAAUAUUAGAACUGUUAUAUAACUACAAAAAUAUCAAAUUAGGCUUUCAUCUUACAAGCAAAGAGCUUAAAAAAAAACCUGGCAUAGAGACCAUUGCAAUUUUAUACCUACUCAGUGUUCUGUCACAAAGACAACUUGGUAAUAUUUUCUUCUGUAAAAUCACAAUGUGGUUCGCAAUCUGAUUUAGCGGGAAUAUGAACGUAUCUUAGAAUUGUAGAGCUCACAUUUAAAAAGCAAAUAAUUGGAACCAGUUGAGCAGACAAGAAGGGAAAAGCUAUUACACAUGAUGCCCACAAUGAAGGGAUGGGUGAGCAGUUAGUCGCUAACAAAGACUAGGAUUCAUCCUGGUCUUUGCAUCCAAAGGGAAAUCACUUAAACUAAAACCUGGGCCCCUAAGUACUUUAUACUUGUGAAUAAUCUGGGUCUUUAUCUCUUCGGACUCCGCCUAAACACUGGGACACAAUGCAGAUGCUCACUAUCUCCUUGGCCCUUUUGAUUUCCCAUGGAAGGAAAGCUAAGUGUGUGGACUAUGAGGGCAUGGCAGCUGGAUGGGUGAGGAUUUUGUAGCGUGUUGUGAAAGGCACCUGCAAGCACUGUUAGCGUGGUUUUUGUGCUGCAGUUAACGGCUCAGAUAGUGUGUUUCUGAUUAUUUUGUUGUUGUUAUUGGGCAAAGAGAUUAAGAUUAAAAUGAAAUUAUCUUCUUUUCAACGAACAAAAUUACUUUUUUUUCUGCAGCAUAGCUUUAGAAGCAAUAGGAUGACUAGUGCAUGGAAAACUAUAUAGGAACAUGUCCAGAAAAGGACAAAAUGAAGAGAAACAUUUAAAGCAGGAAUGUGUAUAGGUGUCUGUUCUCAGAGACAAGGGCUUUCAUGUUGGCCUGUGGUCUGAUAUAAAUAGAUGCAAUUGCAUAUGAGUGUGAAACAGCACAGCAGUAGGGGCAGGGCGGCACACAGCGGGGCCAUUAAGGUACAGGAGCGAGUGUUUCCUGAUUUGGCACAGACCUUGGGGCAAGCAGUGGCAGGGAACGUAAUUAUAUGGUAUCUCCCGUUAUACUUAGAUUUGUUGAGUGCACAGUUGAAUUUACUACGGCUGAGCUAGCUUGCCACUUGCCUUUCUAUAGGUACAAAUUUGAGAAAGCAAGUGUUAGUUCAACUGAAGUGUGUUUAAAAAAAAAAAAAUUUAAAAAAAAAAAGAUCCCCAAAACUGAUUGAUACUGAUACGAUUUAAUAUCAGCUUUAAAUGAGAUCUUGAAUGGGUAUUCUUCACCAGGUCAAGGCUGUUACUUCAAACAUACCAAUUCUAUGUAGUUAUACCCCAUCUUAUCCCAAGCUUUUAUAUAUAUAUAAAUAUAAAAUAUAUAUUUUAUAUAUAUUACAUUAUAUAUAUCUUACGUAAUUUCCUACCCAUCUUGGGUGAAUGGGUUUUUUUCCCUCAGAAGAUAACCUGUUACUCUGCAUUCUUGACUUGCUCCUCACCCUUUUGUGCUAAAAUAUAUGUAUACAUAAACUGCAGUGGUCCUAAGAGCCUGUUGCUUCUUGCACUUUUCUGGUGUGGGGGGGAAAGGAAAUGAGAGAAGAGCAGUAAGGAAAACGAAAGGUUUUGCCUGUUUGUAAGUUAAUCUUUGAGUAUCUUACAAGAAGAAAUAAUUAAUCAUCCUUUUUUAGGUUUAUGCACGGAUGAGUAACCACAGUACUAACCCAGGAGCACAGCCUGUUCACCCAUCUUGUCACCUCUACCAUCACAUUCCCGAGCUUUUUACUUUCUCAGUUAUUCUGGCUGUGGGGGCAGUAGCAGAAGGCAUGUUAGUUUUCCCUAGGAUAAGAAAUUUCUUACUCUGCAGAAUCCUUCUCAAGCCUAUUAAUUUCAUUUGAGAGUACGUAUGAAAUAGUAAGAUGGUUUAGACACGUGAUAUUUGACAUUUACUAUGGUAUCCUCUUGAUUGUAUUUAUUCAGGGUCAUGUUUUCGUAGAAGUUGGGAGCUAGAUUUUAGGCUGAGCUUAUAGUUCUACAUUUCUGUCUUUUUCAUUCACAUAGAGCAGGUCAGGGAUGUAGAUGCUCAAUUUGAGCUUGUUGGUACUGAAAAAUAAGAAAACCAAAUUUGAAAUGGAAUGUACUUUUAGAGGUUACAUCUGAAAGAAAACAUUAUUUACUCCAUAAUGUUAAUUUUCAUAAUAUUUUAAUAGUUGUGUUCUGAUACAACUUGACCUUAAAUAUCACCCCAAAUGCAAGCUGUUUUAACAUAUUUGUAAUGCUAAGGUCUUCAUUACUCUAAUAUUCUGUUUGCUCAAGGAUUAUAAUCCAUGGAUAUGGUGUGUUACAGUUGAAAUAAAGCUUUG